AUAUUGUUUAUGUCUGAUUAUGUGUGAUAAUUUGACAUCUACACCCUCAGUUGCAUUCGUGAUCAAAAAGAGGAACUUUAUCAGGUGUUAUUAGAACAAAUUAGUAAAAUCAAACUAUUUUGCAAUUCCAUUCCUGCAUUCCUGCUACUAGACCGCAAAGUUUACAAUGGAUCCAGCUCUGCUCAGAGAACGCGAGGCCUUCAAGCGACGGGCCAUGGCUACGCCAUCCGUCGAAAAGAAGGCCCGAACGGAACCUAGUUAUGCCUCCUCGAAAGAUAUUAAAAAACCACGACCAUCGAUUGCACCCCCAAAAAUCGAUGCCAACAACUACAAAACUAUGUCCGGAAGCUCACAGUAUCGCUUCGGUGUGCUGGCAAAGAUAGUAAAACACAUGCGAUCACGGCACCAAGAGGGUGAGGAUCACCCACUGACUUUGGAAGACAUCCUGGACGAAACUAACCAGCUGGACAUUGGAUCAAGUGUCAAAAGUUGGCUUCAAAGUGAAGCUUUGCGUAACAAUCCGAAAAUUGAAGUCACCCCCGAAGGACGGUACGUGUUUAAAGCGGUCUAUCGUAUCAAAGAUGGAAAAAGCCUAAUGCGAUUGCUCAAGCAGCAUGAUUUGAAAGGACUAGGGGGAGUUUUGCUUGAUGACGUUCAAGAAUCGCUCCCGCACUGCGAAAAAGUGCUUAAAAACCGUGCGUCGGAAAUCAUCUUUAUCACCCGGCCAAACGACAAAAAGAAAGUUUUAUUCUACAACGAUCGGACAGCCAAUUUCCACAUAGACGAAGACUUCCAGAAGCUAUGGCGAGCGGUAACGGUGGAUGCGAUGGAUGACGCCAAAAUCGACGAGUACCUGGAGAAGCAGGGCAUCCGAUCGAUGCAGGACCACGGUCCGAAGAAACCGAUCAUCCCGAAACGAAAGAAGACGCAAGCCAAAAAGAGGCAGUUCAAGAAACCCCGUGACAACGAACAUUUGGCGGAUGUGCUGGAAACCUACGAGGAUAACACUCUAACGCAAUCCAACGCUGUACAGGAGAUCAAGCAAGGAAACUAAUGUGGCAAGGUGAUAUAUUGGCUGUGCGUUUUGAUUUCAACUAAAAAAAGGUAAAGUUUAUGGUUUUGUAAUAAAAUAUGAAAACUAAAA